GCACAUCCGACGUCCCUACCCAGUCCGCGACCGAACAACUUCGAGCCAUGGGAAAUGAGCCGUGUAAGUGCUUGAAGAGUGGCGCUGAGAAUGACAUUCUAAUCUUCCAGCUGCCAGUCUGUGGAGGUGUUGAUGCUGUCCAGGCCAAGGAGGCGGAGGAGAAAUAUUUGCGAGUUCUUAUUCGAGUGCAACGGCAUUGGCGUGUGGUCACUGCGCGCCGAAAGAUGGCUUCCCAAGCAGAAGUCUCUUAUACAGCUGGCACCGCCAACAAGCAGCGAUUUCUCUUACACUGGCAGGCCAAGUACAUCGUCGCCAACAACCUUCCGGCCAAUGAUGCCCACUGGGAUUCGGAUGAUCCUGCAUGGGUCGGUAAGGCAUCCAUGUCAAAGCACCAUCGCUUUUUGAUCCGCAGGAAUCUGCACUGGCGGUGGUUCAAUGCUCUGGUCUUCGGCAUGCUUGACGAGAAUGAUAUGGUUUACCCACACGGUCAAUGCUGUCGGGAAGCGGUCGCAGAGUUAAACAUGAUGAAGGAUGCUGCCUUGGCAUGGGUUGCUGGAGUGAGGUCUGAAGAAGGGUGGUCCGAGAAUGUGGGGCUUUUCUUCCAUUGCUAUGGGCACAAUAGUGUGAACUCCUUGCACUUGCACGUCAUCGAUAUGGACUACAUCGGUCCCAGCUUCCAUAGUCAGGAGUUCAAAAACCUGCCAUUGGAAGAAGUGCUCAAGGUCCUACAGGAAGAUGUUGACCGGACGCCGAUCAACGGCACCUUAGCCACCAUGGAUUCCCAUCCAGCCAUCGACGAAAGUGUUGACCUCAAGGCAGCCAGUGUGAAAGCCUGCCCAGUGAUCAACAAUGCGGAAUCCUUUCGGGCGGCCAGAGAGAACUUCUGGAAGUUGGGGGGCCCCCGGGCUCUGAGAGAUCAAUUUGAACGCCAGGGCUUUUUGAAGUCGGGAUCCUCCAAGCUGACGACCUCCACGAAGCCCUUCAAUGUCUUCGCACGCUUGGCGUAUCAAGACACGGUGGCCCGGACCUUGAUCGCCUCGGAAAGUGGCCUCUCCAAGUUGACGAAAUCCAGAUGAGAACGCGAUGAAGACGGGGUAUGAAUCCCAGUUGCGCGGACCGGAAGGUGUGGGACGAAGGGGCUCGGAGUGGCAGGAUGCGUUGAAAAUGAGACUAGUGACUAGGCGAUGCUUGUAUGGAUGUUGUCAUGUCCUGGUCCAAAGUUUAUAGCAAAAAGCAUACUCCAAAGUUUUUCCUAUAGCGUGAAAGAACAAGAAAGAACGCCAUAUGUUGGGAAUGUUGUACAGAAGCAUCUCAGCCAGACCAGCUGUCUCAUGUCUCAUGCUGUCUCCAUUCCUUCGGAGCCUCAUCCCUCAACCAUCACUCUAUAGAACUACAUGAGGAGACACGGCAUGUGCGCCGGUGUGUGUGUGUGUGUGGCUGCUUUUGCUGUGGUUGUUGGUUGCUGGUUGCUGUGGUUGUGGUUGUGGUUGUUGUUGUUGCUGUUGCUUCGGAUAAACCUCAACAAGAUAUCGAUUGGGUUCCUCACUUUCUUUGGUCCGACGGACCCUGUGUUGAACAAGUUGCACAAGUCACGUCACAUCCUCUCAUGCGGGAAGCAGCGAAGAAUCCCAAUGCAUGUCAAUGCAUGUAUGGAAUGUUUGUGAACAUUAUUAGCCCAUUAGGGUGGUUUCAAGCGUUCUAAGAGUCAAUGUAUAUCGUAGGAACAUGGCCUCUUGGAUGUGGAACAUGGCCCCUUGGAUGGAUGACCAUUUUCCUCUACAAAAGGUGGUGCCAUCCACUUCCGGUGAUCCCAGGUUGGGAGGGUCAUCCUCCCUUAAUUCAAGUCUUGUUUCUUGGGCAGAAACGCAAGGUAUCCCAAAAUCAAACUUCCGACUUUUCACCUGGUUCCGCUUCAGAGUGGCACCAUUGAACGCAGAGAUUUGGCUUCCCAACUUAAGACUUGAGGCAAAUCAGUUUUGAGGAUGUUUCUUCCACUUGUCCUCCACCAUCAAUUCUCAGGCAGGAGAUUUUUCCGAAUCAUUCUGAAGAUCUUUGAGCUCCUGGGCCUUUGGCUUUGCUCCCCGAAGUUCAGAGUGAGAGAGACUGGACUAGGCUGUGGCCAUUGCAAAGCAAUGGCAGCGAAGGUGCCCGGCGGGCCAAGAGAAAUGCUUCAGAGAAGUGCUCAUCUUCAAGAGAUGAGUUCUUUCAGAUUAAAUCUCCAGUUGCAUUGUACUGACGUUUAAAACCCAUGACUUCCAGCAGUGCUCCUGCUGCACUGCAUCUUAUUUCGAAGAUGUUCGAAGCAUUUGGUUUCACUGGUGGGACAAAAGAGGCAGAUGCAGAGGCGAAUUUCCUGUGGAGGGUUGGAAGAUGCG